AUCACAUCGGAAGCGGACGCUCAUUUGAAAUACGCUGGUCGUAAGAGUUAGGAAAGUUGGCGAAGUUUAGCCCGUUGUUCACACCGUCGAAAAUGACCACGGUUAGAGAGGGAUACCUGAGGGACUUACCUCAUCCAAAUCUAAACGACGUUCUCAAAUCCAACACACACAGCGCUAUUAAACUUCUAAAAACAGGUAGGUUUCUGCACUUUGUCAGCUGUAAAAAGUGAACAUUGAACACUACUAGUUGCAGGCUAGUUAGCGUGUAAAUUUUAGCUUGUAAUAAGCUUACUUGAUCUGAAGCUUUAUGCAAAUGUGGUGAAUAGUUAUGUUGUUUACUUCUUUGCUCAAGCAAGACUAUAGAUUAGAUUUUGAAAUAAAUAAAGGCAGUUGGUUAAAAUAAUGAUAUUUAGGUUUCUGGAUUUUCACGUAAAAUAUUCAGCUAGCGUGGAUGUGAAAUGAAAACAGUUUCUAUUCUAUAGUUGGGCUUAGGUUUUUUAUAGCAAAUGAUACUUUUAUCGACACAUGAAAUAAAUAGCAUGUACUUGUAUUUAACGGGUGCAGUAUAAAUUACUAUUUAUGGUGACUAAAUUGAAGCAUACGAUAUACGUGAUUUUUAAUGACAGGACAUUUCAAUCUGAUAUUGACCUUUUAGCUUGCACCUAUAUCAAGCCUGUAUCCCUUAGUAUUCCCACCAAAUACCUCUGUUAAUAUCACGUAGGAUGCAUGUUAAUAAAGACUGAGGUGUAGUAAAGAAAUCUCAAAUAAAUCAAUCUCAAGUAAAUUUUAAAAAUCUCAAAUUAAGAAAUCUCAAAUAAAUUAAAGAAAUCUCAAAUAUUGUAUAAUAUUUAUACAUCGAUGAUUUAUAAUUUUGUAUCACUAAUUUUAGAUAAAGGAGGUUAAUAUUGUCUAGUCCUUGGCUGACAAGCCAGUCUGUGACAAACUUGUGAUCCUCUCCUGUAACAUGUAUAUAAUUAUAUACAAUGUAUCCUCCAUGUUUGUGAACCAUGAGCAUGGCAGAGGCUUGUGAUAGCUCCGAGAUAGGCAAACACCUAUCCCCAGUACUAACGUGUCAUGCAAUUGCCUAAGGGAAUGGGCACAGUUGGAUUUGAAGGACUCACUGGACGAAGUAUAAAAGUUUAGUUAUUGGUAACAGUACAUGUAUGAAUACAAUGUAUGUAGUAAUUAACAAAACUGUGUUAGAAGAGGAACAAUAUUGUAACUCUGCUCUGUAAUUUUUUACGUAGAAUACUGGUAUCUGUAUGUAGCGCCGCAAAAAUAAGAGUGUAAAAACACAAACUAGACCCUGAAAUGGGUUGAACUGCAAAACCACCAGAGUACAAACAGACCUUCUGAAAACUGUAGAUUAAGGAUUGGGUUCUCCAAAAGCGAACCAAGAAGGUUUAAAGUAUAGAUCAAGACUAAUUUUUUCAAAAUGGGCCUUUGUUAAUGUGCAUACAGUUGUGUAUGCACAGAGUUAGUGUAUGUAAAGAUUAGUAGCUUCCUAAAUGUUAUUGUCAGUUUUCCUGACAUUUUUCUCCCUCAGUCUGGAUCUGUACAUGCUUGUUGAUUUAUUACCAACUAGCAGCCUUGCGAAGACAUGAGGCUGCAAGGCUUCAGCCUAAUAGAGCCAUGCGCGAUUGUUCCAGGCGCAGAAAGAAAUCUUGAAUCGAUGUAACAAUAGUAACGUAUUGUAAGGUAACAAAGAAAAAAGAACAAACAAACAAAGAAGUGCGUUGCAUUUGCCUCCCCCGUUCAUUGACCCGACGGCUACAAGUACACUGUACCGAUGAGCCCCAAUAAGGGCGAAACAGCUGUGCACAUGUGUGAGGUACUGGCCAGGCCAUAGGUUGGUGUACAUGUGCUCCUUUCACCCCUGCUCUAAGUUUGCACUGUUGCAAUCAGUUGAAGUUAAAGACAUUUCUAAACAAAGUGAACAGCAUGCGCAUAUGGGUAAAAUCUUUGCUUGUUGGCACUUAUUAUUAGCAAUAACUAUAACUAGUUUAAGUAAUUAAUUUGUAUGGUGGCUUCUUUGUCUGUUCUAGUUGGUGAAUUUGCUCACAAAGUUGCAACUCUGAAAGAGCAGUUAGGAAAUCAGCUUCUCUCUGUUGUAGAGUCAUUCAGAAAGAAGAAUACAGAGAUGAAGAGAGACAGGUAAACACAAACAAAAGAUACAAGACAGUAAUAUGGUAUAAUCCUGGUAACCUUUUACUGGUUCAGUCACUUGCCAUAAUAUCUGCCAUUUAAAUGUUGGAUUAACAAUGGGACUAUUGCUAAUUAUAAAUUAAAUGGAAGAUAGAUGCCUGAAACAUCACAAGCCUAGUAUGCACAUUUGGUAGGCCAACUCCCAGGUAGAGGCUGCUCCAGUGUCUGGCAAUUUCUGGUAAUAAGAUAAGAGUUCCCAUACAGCAAGCAUCAUACUGAUAAUAAAGUAGAAAAGAGAAGGAAGAGAUAGAGGGAAAUGAAAAGAUUUUACCAAAGUGCUAUAUAAUUAGUAUACAUGCUCAGUUUUCCGGCUAAAAUGGAAUGCUAGAACCUGCACAUUCCUUUUUUCCUUUUUACCCUGUUCACUGUAACGGCAGACAUGCUUUGCUGUUAACUCCUUUAAAUUGCAUUACCUUCAUUAUUUACAUGAAGCAAUUAUUGGAUUGAAGUGAGUAUGAUAUGGAGAUGGAGAUGGAGAAGGGAUGUUUACUCGGCCAGUUUUUCUUCAUAGCAGUUGUCAUUUGUCGAGUGGUUCUUAAGUCUGUUCUUGCUAUGUUUCUGAGACAAUAGUGUGCAUUUAUAUAUUUAUUUAUUGAUUUUAUUGAUUAUUUGUGAAAUCUUCCACCAUUUUCUCCAGCUCUUUCUUUUUUUUGUUUUUUUUUUUUUUUUUGUUUUUUUUUUUUUAUAAUAAUUUUUUUAUUUAUUUACACACAAGCACUACUUACAAAAUGUUACUUAACACAAGUUACAGUGCUUACACUACUUACAACACCGUACUCAUUACUUUUUUUUACAUAGAAAGAAGAAAAGAAAGUUACAAUUACAAUUAUUGACGACUAAUAACUUAAACUAAAGUGAUUACUAACAUAAUUUACAAUACUAACACUAUAAACACAGUGGCAACAGAAAAGUAUAAGAGGAUUAUAUAUAGAUUAAGUAUAAGUGUUUUUCUUUUUAUUUAGAAGAAUAAGUAAAGAGAACUGAACGGCCUAGACUGUAAUAAUAAUAAUACUAAUAAUAAUAAAAGCGUUACGAUGUGCACAAUAUCGCCCAUUUUUUAUAAAAGUCACUUAAAGUUCUAUUUUUGGUACAAAUAUAUUUUUCUGUUUCAAUUUAAUAUUAAUCCUUAACUUAAACCCUGCAAUAAUUGGACGAGUUUGUGAUCUUCUGCAAUCCCAUAUAUAUAGUUUGGCUAUUAGUAGAAAGUAGUUCAGUAAAAGGGCAUUUACGGCUAUUAUACCUAAUAGCACAUCCUGUAGACUAAGGUUGAUCAAUUCAUUUGACAACGAGUAAUAAUAUAAUUCAAAAUCCUUCCAGAAAAGUUUUGCAUAUACACAGUCAAAAAGAAGGUGGAUAAGGGUUUCCGGUUUAUACAUACAAAAGGAGCAUUUAUCAUCGGUAAUAUAUCCUAUUUUAUAUAACUUAGUGUUAGUAUAUAAUAUGGAGUUAAGGACCUUGUACUGAAAGGCCUUAACAUAGAAUUCAGAACAUAUGAUGUGCGGUAAAAGAAAUGCUUUUUCUAGCUGAUCUUCCGUCAGAUUAAAAUCCCGUUUUAAAGCUGAGGUAUUUUUAGAAAGCUGUGCCUUUUUACUUAUGAGCAAUGAAUAAUAAUCUUUUGAUUUCUUCUUUAAAAUAUCAAAGUCGUUAUUCUUAAUUAUCACGGAGGGUGGCAUUGUUAAAAAGGUGUGAUCAGAUGUUCUAGGAUUAGCUUUUAAGUGGGACGGUACAGCAUAUCUGAGACCUGCCCAUACUAAGAAAUUGGUUUUUCAAUCUUUCUUAUAAUGAUACUAUGUGACUCUGCAAUACUUAAAUCAAAUCGAAGAUCGGAAACCAGAAGAAAACCAUUGUCGAAAAAUGUUUUGUAAAAAAUUGGCUUAUUAUUUAUCCUAAUGUCUUUAUUAUUCCAAAUAAUAUUAUACCGCAUUUUAUCUGUAGAAAAGUCAUCACGAAAAUCAGCCCACCAUUGAAGCAGCUCGGAGUAAAAAGGUGAUUUGAUUAGAACGUCUUUUACAUCGUAGUUACAAUGAAAUAGAAAGAGGCCCCGAAACUUUUAAGUUGAUAACGCAAGUAAUUCUUCCAUGUGCUGUCGUUUUCGCUGAAGAUUCUCUUUAGCCAGGCAAGUCUUAAAGAUUUGACCAUCGUUUCUAGGUCAAUCAUUUUCAAGCCACUUUUUGGUAGUCAUUUAUUGUUGACAAACGUGUGACCUUGUCAACACCUCUCCAUAGGAAUUUAAAUAUCAAUCUGUUCAAUUCUUGAACCGCCCACUUUGGAAUUGUUAAUAAUGAUGCCACGUAAACAAAUUUUGGAACAAUCAACGAUUUGAUAACAGUAACCUUUCCAUAAAGGGAAAGACCUCGCAGAACCAUAUGUGUACCAAUUUUUUCACGCUGUCUAGUCUUUCUAUAAAAUUUUUCUCGUGUAGUAAUUUUUGAUCAUAGGUGUAAUAGACUCCGAGAGCUUUAAUUGGUUCAUUUGGCCAUUUAAUACCAAAAGGUUUUGAUUUAUUUUCCUUUAAUGAUCCGAUCCACAUUGCUUCAGUUUUUGAGGGAUUAACGGCUAAACCUGAAAUCCUCUUAAAAUCGUCUAACAACCUGAAAAGGGUUUGGGCUGAGUCGAUGUCUGACAGAACCACAGUUGUGUCAUCUGCGUAUUGAAGUAAUUUUGUUUCCUUCUUGUCAAUAGUAAUACCUUUUAUCAUUGGAUUUUGUCUUAUUGCGAUAGCCAAGGUUUCAACAGCUACUACAAAGAGAUAAGGAGAAAGAGGAUCACCUUGCCUAACUCCUCGUUCGACUGUAAAGUAAUCAGAGAUUAUGCCAUUGUUGAUAACACAGCUUUGUAUAUUUUUGUAAAAAAAGAAGAAACCCAUCUAAUAAAGCUCUGGCCAAAAUUAAAAGAUUCUAGACAACUUUGUAAAAAGCUGCGUUCUAAACUAUCGAAAGCCUUCUGAAAAUCGAUAAAGAUCAACAAACCAGGAAUGUUUUCUUCAACAGUGAAGUUCAUUAUGUCAAAAAUCGAUCGUACUGUUUCGCCGAUAUAGCGGUCUUUUAUAAAUCCAGUUUGAUUGUAAUGGAUGAUGCUUGGUAGAACAUUUUGUAUUCUGGCAGCUAUAACUUUAGCCAUAAUUUUCGCAUCCACAUUUACCAAAGAUAUCGGCCUCCAGUUUUCCAGAAAGGAUCGAUCUUUUCCUUUCUUUUCGAUGAGCGUAAUUACUGCUUGCUUUUGAGAGCGCGACAUUUCACCUUUUUGAAGCAUUCGUUAGCACAGAGAAUGAAAGGCUCACAAAGUAAAGGCCAAAAUUUUUAUAGAAUUCGAUGGGAAUUCCAUCGUUCCCUGGAGUUUUAUUGUUUUGGAAACUAUCCAAGAUAAGUGCGCAUUCUUCUGGAGUAAUUUCACCUUCACAAGACAUUUUUUUGUUCUUCUGACAGUUUAGGAAUGUUUAAAUCUUUUAAAAAGGAUUUAAUUUCGUGCAAAUUUUCAUUAUUCAUGUUCUUACCGAGUACAAUUCUUGAUAAAAACGUUGUUGUUCGGACAAGAUCUUUGACGGAUCCGUGGUAGACGAGCCGUUGAUAUUUAAUUUUCUCAUAUGUUUUUGACAUGAUUUCUUUUUCUAGGUUUAAAAAGUAUUUGGUGCUUUUUUUUCGCCAUGCUCGUGCCAGCGGGCUCGCGCUCGAAUAAUUAUUCCUUUAACCUUUUCUUCAUAAAACAAUUCGAGCAUAUCUUUAGCACAGUUAAGAAGAUUUGCAUUCAAAAUACUAGGAUCUGUUUCGAAAGCACACUUUGCAUUAGCGAGUUGUUCUUGGAGUUCCUUUUCUCUUUCACUUCUUUCUCGAGCUUUUCUUUUGGAAUACUGUAUAGUGUGCGCUCUUAUGUUGUAUUUUAACCAGUCCCAAAUACUUGACAGUUCGAAAGGUCCUUACGACCUUCAGCUAACCAGAUAGGUAUCCUCUCCGUGAUGCCAUUAACGUAGUCUUCAUCAUCUAAAAGGGAGCAAUUCAUUUUCCAGAUACCUGGACCUUUGAUGUCAUCAGAUUUGUAUACAAGUUCAAUAGUAAUAGCUGCAUGGUCUGUUCUAAUUGCCGGGAUUAUAUCUGCUGCUUUAACUAGAUCAUGUAAAGAAUUUGAGAUCAGCCAAUAGUCUAAACGACAAAAGAUCGUGAGGCAAAUUUUGACUCCAUGUAAAGCUCUUUUUCUGAGGAUUCUUAACUCUCCAUAUAUCGGCGAGAUCAAACUCUUCUAGUAGGUUGCUAAUGGUUGAUACAACAGAUUUUCUUGGACUCAAUUGGCCUCCUUUCUUAUCCAUAAGUGGAUUAAGAGGGCAGUUGAAAUCCCCUCCCAUAAUAAUGUUUUCUUCUUCAUCAAAAUUAUUAUUUCGCAAAAUCAGAAGUAGAUUGUUGAAAAAAGCUCACAAUAUUCGAAUCUUUAUUCGGAGCGUAGAUGUUGAUUAGAACAUACAUUUUGUCAUUAAAUUCUGCUUUUAUUAUAACAUAUUGUCCUGAGGGGUCCAACACUUUUGAGUGAAUUGUGCAAUCAACAUCCUUUUUAACAAGAAUUGCCACCCAGCGUGAAUUGGAGGUCCGUGGGCCAUAAUAAUGUCACUCCCCCAUUCAUUUCUCCAACACGUCUCUGAGUCCAUUUUUGAGUGGGUUUCUUGUAAGAAGAUGAAAUCUGCUUUUUGCUUUUCGACACCAAGUAAAUAUCGUUCUCCUUUUCUUAAAAUUUCCAAUGCCCCUUACAUUUAAGGAAACUAAUUUGCACGUGCUAGCAUAGCACAUUUCAGUAGUAGUAAAAUACCAGUAAAACUGUGAUUGCAGCAGAAAACAUGAGAUAUGAUUAAAGAGCGCUCCGCUUGUUUUUGCAAUAUUUAGAUAAGAAUAGACCGUUCCUCAAAUUAGAGGAAAUUAACGAAAAAAUUUCAUCAGUACAUAUAUAUUAGAAUAAUAGAUUCUAUUGCCUUUUAUGUACACUACACAAAAAUGGAACAAGAGGGAAAAACACGAUAAUACACCUACCUCGUGUUCCAGAUUAAUAUCCAUCUACUAACAACCUAGAUCCUACACAGAAGAAAGCUCCUCCAAAAAAAAAAAAAAAAAAAACAUAUAAUCAAAAUAAAAGGUGUCCAUGGAGCAAAAAUCUAACAAAAGGAUGAUGAUCUUAUCUGAUGUUGUUUUGAUACAAAAAAGAGCGAAUAAUUAAAAAUCAUACAUAAUAUUGAGAAGAAAAGAAACUUAUAACCGCCAGAAAAUAUUGUAAUCGCUGUUCGGCAAACUAAUGAAUAAAGCUCAAACUCAAAGGAUUCUUUUAGAGUCAGAAUUUAAUAUAUUUACCAUCGAUGUAAAGUUUGUCUGGUUCAGACUUGCUAAAGUUGGCCCGUCUACCUUCUUUUCUUGCCUGUUUUAAUUUCUCCAUCUGCGCUUUCCUCAGUUGAUGUAGUUCCUUUGGAAUGUCCUCAAACAUUUUGAAGUUUGUGCCCUUUAGCUUUCGCCCUUGUUUGAAGACACGCUCCUUGUCUGAAAAUCGUAGAAACCGAGCGAUAAUCGUCGUGCGGCCGUCGUUACCAGUAUCAUCUUUUGGCUUGCCUAGCCUGUGGACCCUCUGAAUUCAAUAUGUUCGGCGUUCUCAACUCCAAGCGUAUUUUUAUAAAGUUCACAAGAACGCCUUUGGUAUCUUCGUUUGCAGUUUUCCCUUCUUCAGCGUUUUGGGAAACUUCUGGAAUUCCUUCGAAUUUUAGAUUUUCGCGUCGGCUAUAGGCCUCUAAAUACAGGAUUUUCUUUCGGCAUUCACCUAGUUCCUUCUUACGCUCGUCGAGAGUUGAUUGAAGUCGGUCGAGUUCGCUGUCGACAAAUUGGGAGUUGGUUUCCAUAUGUGUAAAUUUUCCUUCGAGCUUUUCCUGUUUAUCUUUGACUGAUAUGACAUCUACUUCCACGGAAGUAAUCUUGCUUUGCAGCUUUUUAACAGUUAAGCUUAUUUUCUCCAGCUCUGAUUACCAAACAGCUAAGCCGUCCCUCUUUCAUCAAUAUUAAUUUAUAAUUGCAUCAAUAUUAUCCUUGUAUUGAUAUGAGUAGAUAUAGAUCUUCCAAAUUAAGUCAUCAAUAGCUGGGUAUGAAGAAUUAGCUGGGGGUUUUCAGCCAUUCAGAAAUGGAGAAAUAUACUUUCAAUGAAAAAUAUUAUUUUUAUGAAAUAUUUAUUUUUAGCAUCUGGUUAUAAAAGUUAUAAUGGUGUGCUAAAUGCACUUUUCUGUUGUAUGUCUUGUUGACUAUUUCUCAAGAGAAUAUCCAUAUGAUUGUAUAUUUUUUCACAGAAAUGCUUUAAGCAGUGCUUUCAGUUGCUGGGAAGCACUUCUUGGGGAGUAUGAAAAACAGGCUCAGGUACUUGUAGACUGUACAAAAGGCAGGUACAAAAGUCGGACCGGAUCAACUCGGACCGCCAGUCCGGGUCGGAUCGACUCGGACCAACUCGGAUUGAAUAAAAAAAUAAAAAUAAAAUAAAAUUGGACUCGGAUCAACUCGGAUCAUAAAAAAAAAACAACUCGGAUUAUAUAAAAAAAAAAAAAAAUCAGUCGGUAUCACUUAACUUUCACCCGCCAUUUUGUUUUUUUCUCACGAACUCGUGGUUGCGUAAAUUAAUUUUAUUUUUAUUUUUAUUAAUUUUAAUGAUACACUAGUGAGCAGUACACAUACACUUCCAGUGAACAUUUUCAACUUGGAAGGAGGAGAAAUCAUGCUUGCCCGGGACAACGAAAAUUUUUGUACCCCGGGCGAGAAUUGAACUCAUGACCCUCUGAAUACUACAUGUUUAUCGGACGUUCUAACCACUGAACCAGAGGGUCGCGAGUUUGAUUCUCACCCGGGGCAUGGAAAUUUCCUUUGUCCCGGGCGAGCAUGGUUUCUCCUCCUUCCAAGUUGAAAAUGUUCACUGGAAAUGUAUGUAUGCUGCUCACUAGUGUAUCAUUAAAAUUAAGUUUCAGAAGUCCUGCAGAAAAAAAAAAACAGGAAUGAGAACACUCUUCAGUAACUAUCUAAAUGCGAUUAACUGACCAGGGUUUUGAUGCUUUUCUCAUAAAUAAUUCAGUACACUUAUUAAUCAAAAAUUAUGCACAUAACUUAUGAUCACGCCCACCUCAACUUCUUUGCUUUGUGACAAAAAGCUGCAAUAAAAUAAAAAAAUAAGCAAAUAUAUAUUCUAGGCGACUGAAACUAUCAUUUUCUCAGAAGGAAGCAAAUUCAUUGAGAAACAUGGUCGAGAUUUUACCUUCCUCGAGGUCAUCCAUAUCUGUGAAGCAGAGCGCAUCGUGUAACGCAACCACAACCAUGAGUUUAUAACAUGAUCCGAAAGGAACUGGCACUAGUAAAACAAAAUGGCGCCUGAAAGUCACGGAGAAAAAAAAAGGAUGAUCUGGCCUUUUUUACCCUACAACUGGGUUAAACUUUCAGUUUUGCUGAUUUAAUUUAAUUUUUUUGAUUGCUCCGAGUUUAUCCGAGUCCAAUUUUAUUCGAUCCGAGUUGGUCCAAGUCGAUCUGAGUUGAUCCGACCUGGACUGGCGGUCCAAGUUGAUUCGGUCCGACCUUUGUACCUGCCUCUGUACAAAGGCAUUAUUUUUUAAUGUGUCAUGUGUUUUUAAGGUUAAAUGCGGUUAUACAGUGAUGUGCAAGUACAAGAAGGAAUGUUUGAUGAAGAUAUUGAAAAGUGCAUUUUGUAACUUUCAAGAGCUGCCAUUUGGUUACUGAAAAACAUUUUCCCAUUUAUGAUCUUGCCUGAAACCAGCAGUAUUUUUACUCUUGUUUGUAUGCACUAAAACCUUUUCCAAACAUGUGUACAUUAAUCUUUAUGUUUAACUUCUUUGUUCUAAAAGAUGGCAUUUGAAGUCCCUCAGAGUGAGUGCAGAAACUCAUAAGGGGUUGUGAGUUUCUAGCAAGUGACAAUAAUCUGCUUUUAUACCACACAAUUACAAGUGAACAGUGCUUUUCUUGCACACUGAUUGGAUAGCUUAGAGAUGAUUAUUCAAGUACUAUUCUCCUCUACUUUGUUGAAUUAUUGUUUAUUAUUAAAAACCUUCCCUGCUUUGUGUGUUUUAUCUAUUCAGGACAUGUUAAAAGUAUCAUCCAGUCUUGCAAGACAGGUCAACACAGCAGUUUUUGAGGAGGUUAUAAAAAAGAAAUCAGUCACAAAAAAGGUAUAGAAAAACUUGUAAUUCUGUGUUUUCUGUACUAGCUGUGAUUACAUGUUUAUACAGCCGGUAUGGUUUAAAUAACUGGUCUGCAGUAUUUAUGUGAAGCAUAGCACAAAUUAUGAGCAUUGACUUUUUUUGCUAUUUUGCAGAUUUUUUCAUUUAGAGAGAGUGGUGAAAAUCAGAUUGAGAAGGCUGAUGAUGUACUUCAAAAGGUUGAACAAAUAUUGAAUGAUUUUUAAUUACAGGCUGGGAUGGUGCAAUUUAUGGGUGAUGUAGUAGUAGUUUUAAAACAUGCUUGUGGCCCUUAAGUUAAUAAAUAAAGGACAGAAAUAACUAUUCUUAAAAUAAUCAUUUAUACUAAAAAUCACACUGAGCUGGAAGAAGGUACAAUGUAAACUUUACUUCCUGGUUGUUUCGAUUCAGGUCUGUCACUAAUGGCCAGUGGCCAGGGAUUACCCCUUGGCUACUGUGAGUCAGUGACUUGUGCAUGGCUACUUUCAUAGGAAAUAAAUGAAAAUAUAUAGAACGAAAGAACUUCCUAGCUGUCCAAUUUCCUAUCUACUAACUGCAUAAAUCCUCUGUCGCACUAUUAUUUGUGGAACGGAGCAUUUGUAGCCGGGCUAACAAGAACCCAGCUACAGUAGUGUCCAGGGUGGGAUUUCAGCCGGGACACCCUAAACAAAUAGGUGAUGAUUACGUUUCCACCAAUUAAUUAUUUCGUAAUCCUGACAAUAUUUUAAUUUCUUUGUUCAUGAAAUUCAGUGCCAUAAAGAAUACUCAGAAGCUUGCACUAAACUUGCAAAAUUGCAAAGCACAGGAGCAGAAGCUGGCAAGGUAAACGAAUUUUUAAUGGUCUUCUUCUACUUAAAAGUUGUCAUGUUUUAAGAUUACUUUUAAUGCCAAUCCUCACAGUGUAGCUGAGUUGUCAGUACAAUCUAGAGGUUCUGUGUUCCAGUCCUCCUUUGACCACCAUAACAUUAUGUUCUGGUUUAAAUGUGAAUUCGAGUCCUUUUUAUUACUAAAAGCCUACAUGCGCUUCUUGCCUCUUUUUCUAACUUUAUUGCUGUUAUUUUUUGUAGCAAGAACAUGUUCAAACUCUUUGUCGCAAUACCCACAAUGCCUAUGUACUGCAGCUAAAUACAGUGAAUAGCAUGAACCGAGUGUUCUACUCUACGACACUCCCAGAAAUGCUUGAUGUAAGCGACAAUAAUAUAAAUUAUUAUAACUUUAACUCUAGUACAUACAUGUAAGGUACAUUAUUCUCCUACCCAAGUAGUUCUUCCAUACAUUUGUACCUUCAAGAGCUCCUUAACUGUUCGAAAAUAGUUUCAUUCGAUUGAUUGUGUUGAUAGUGUUGUGGCUGAAUUUCAGACAUUACUUCGAGUUGCUUACUCCCUCUGUAAGUAACGUCUGGUCAACCAGCUGUUAAUGUCUUCCAGUGAUGUCAUUACUCCUUUGCUUUAAUUCAUGCGAAAAGUAAGACACAAUUUCCAACUGGCAGACAAAGAAAUAUCCUCCAGAAAUGCGCAAAUGGUUCAGAAUUGCUCUACUCUUAAAUCGUAAUUCAUGUUUAAUGUUCGAACUGUCAACUGCAUACAGUACUCUGAAUGAAUCUGUUGUAAUUCAAUAAUCAAACUUGAUCGCGGUCACGCAAUGAAAGAAAUUAACUUACACACACAGGACACUUCAAAACCACAACAAUUGCUUUAGAAUUGAAAAUGAGCUUUUUAGUCCUUAAUGAAGAAGGAAAAAAAAGACAAGAAAUAAAAGAAAGAAAAAGUAUUAAACAGAAUCAUUACAGUUGACAGUGGAAAUGACAGGAAGCUCUAAUGAUUUUUAUUAUAAAUCUCUCCAAAAUCAAUCACUGAUGCCUUGCAUGAUCAAAAUCACCGCAAGCCUGAAACCACAAAGCAGAUCUAAAUGAAAAAUUUACUGGUCGUGACUCUAUGCACUGAUUUUUUAUUCAUAGUUCAAUUUAACAAGUCAUAGUUGCUGGUUAUGGUAAAGAUAAUAAUUAUGCAUAAUUAUGCAAAUGUUUGGACAAUCAACCAAUUAAAAUCACUACCCAAACGUCACUGGAGGGCAUUAAUGGCUGGUCAGUUCAGAGGUUACUGAGGGAGUAAGCAACUUGAAGUAAUGCCUGAAAUUCAGGCUAGUAAUAUUAUUAGUGUCAUGAUACUCACUUUAAUUAAAAGUCUGUAAUGCUAUAAUUAUGUAUAAUUGUUACGAUGAAGCCCCAGCAUGGAAUAAAAAGAACGAAUGUAUAUUCUUAGCAAUAACAAAGAAAAAGGAAUACAGUUAAUCAUGGGGUUCCCUUUUAUCAAGGGUGGGGGCUCAUAACAUUAAUUCUAUGUAUCUUAGGUCUUUUAAAAUUAAUGUAGUAGUUUACAUAAAUUAUCACAUUUCAUUUUUUGGGGGGUGGGGGAGGGUCAUUACUACUGGGGAUUCAAUACUCUUUAAGGUACAGUAUUCAAAUAAUUAUAACUUUUUCCUUUGUCUCUUACAGGACCUACAACUUGUUCAGGAAGAUGUCUCUGAGUCAUUAAAGAUUGCUGUUAGUGAUUUCUCCAAAAUUGAGAAAGACAAUGUAAUAAUUUUUUUAAUACUUAAUACACCCACUGUAAAUGCCUACAUUGCCAUCUCUUGAGUGAAUAAUUCCACCAUGGCUGACCCAACCCUGUAACUGUAACCCAGCCAUGAUGCCUCACACAAGGACACAGGCAACCUUCACUGAAAAUAAUAUCAGUGUAAAAAAAAAACAAACAAACAAGAGAGGGGAGGCAUGGGGGAGGGAGCUUGCUGAAGAAUUCCUCACACUUCGUUGACACAUUAGCCUCUUGCAGGUGUUCAGAAAUUAGAGAGAGGUGCAAAAUGGUGUUUGUCUUCUCUCCCUAGCCCAUCACUCUAUCGUGUUCUUCCUGCUUAUUAUUUUAUUUUGUACCAUCCCCACCAUCAGAACACUGGGAACAACUAUUGAAACAUUGUGCUACAUUCACCUCCAGACUGAGCCAUUUACGGCAUGCACUGUUUGCAGUCUGUUGUUAAACAUGUUGAAUAACUUUGUUGAAAUUCUUCUCUGCAGAUAGUUGAAAGUGUGCAAAGAUUGGAGAGUAUAGAACACAUGUUUCAGAUGAUGGAUAGCAGAGUGGAUAUCUCAACUUUUGUUCAAGCAAAUAACCCUGGGAUGUAUACACCACCAGUUAAAAGCUUUAGCAAACCAGAGGAGAGUCAAUCAUUGGUAUGUACAUGUAGUUUGUGUUUCCUUCUUUUAAGUUGACUGAAAAGCAUGGUGUAGAUCUCGAAAACUGUGGCUUAUAAACCCUGGGCUUGAACAUCUUUGCUGGGGUUUUAGGAGGGCUUAUAAACAGAGGGGCUUAGAUCUGAAGGGGUUUAAUAAUAACUGCAAUAGAAUAAGUGCCUCGAAACAUGCUACCGCGGUGCUGAUCAAAAUACAUUUAUUGGUUUUAAUUAAGCAUCAAAACGUCAUGAUACAUCAAAUUCAGUUCAAUACCAGCUAGAGGAUGGUGUGGGGAGGGGGGAUUUUUUGUUUACUGGCAGAUUUUUGUUUACUGGUAGAUGGGCUCAUUACCAUGAAGGGGCAGUUUACAGUAGUUAGGUUCCUGGGAAACUGCCCACCUACCCCUCCCCUAAGCUCACAUUAACACUCACUUCUCACUUAGGGCAAAAUGAUCUCUUAGGGGAGGGGUAGGUGGGCAGUUUCCCAGAAACCUAACUUGAUCUGUUUACUUUUGUUAGAAGCUCCCUUUGCCUACCCGGAAUUCCGUUAACAGUUAACACUCCUACAUUACAAAUUUAUUAUUAUUGCUCUUUUGAUUUGCUUCAAACAGUACGAUGCUCUUUCUGUAGAAAACUAGAAAUUCAACGUUUUAAUAUUUGCAGAUGUCCCCUUAAGUUGUAUUUUAUCCCUGAUACUGUGGUUUGAAAACAGAUGGGGUCUUUCAGAGAAAAAGUGAAAAGAGUGCCAUGUGAAAUAGGAAGGAAAAGAAGUGGAGGGGGAUACGGUUUUCUGAUGAACUUCCCAAUUCCCCCCAUCCCCACUACCAUAGAACAAUUAAACAGUCCCUUUAGCUGUGAAGGCAAAUGUAAAGCUUAUAAUAUUAGGAAGGUUAAUCAACGACAACGGCGACGCGACGACACCGAAAAUGGCAAAAAAGUGAUUGGUUUAUAGAGUAAUUUUCAAUUGAGUGUCGAAAGAAAUCCGGGAUUGCAUUGGUUUUGCUUUACUGUGCUCUGUGAGUGGUCUAGAAAACUGGUUACAUGCGUUUACUUCGAUUUCUCAUUGGCUCCCUCUGAUGUUUUCGUUUGUUCUAAUUGGCCGUUGUGAUUACUUUGGUUUUGGUUUUACGACACUCAAUCGAAAACGAAACAACAACAUUUGUUUUCCAUCGUUGCGAGACUACAACAUGAAAAAUCUUUAUUUAAACACAAGACAAAUGACCAUUUUCCUUUUUUUCUUGAACUCAGCUUCUGCCUGAGAAUUCAACUUCAGAAAAAAGAACAAUAUUUAACAAAUUAAACGAAAUGGAACAAGAGCGGUAAAGUUUAAAACAGCGUGAACGGUAUUUUUAAGCGAGGUCAGUUUCAUCGCCGUCACUGUCAUGGUUGCUUAAGUGCCCAGGUAAUAGCUUGUGGGAGAUGUUUUUUUUCAUGGAUUUUGGUUCUCAUUUUACAGAAUUUAGUAGAGAACAAGCUGUUUUUGGUGGAUGUCACAGAACCUGUUCUUAAGAGAAAGUACAUUGCUCUUCAAAAAAAGGUAUUAGUACUUGAUAUUCCUGGCCCCUUGCAAUUUGCUGAAUAGUGACCAAACUACAUGCAGCCAUAAAGCACAGGUCACAAAUGCAGGUUACUGCUUUAUUGAUAAAUAACUAAAAUAAGCAGUUUCCCAGGCUAGGAGACAUUUUUAGUGUUAUUUAUUUACCUUAGCAUUGUAGCCUGUACUCUAGACGUUUUUCCUUUUUUGACAAUUUGGUGAGCGCGUGAGUGAAGUGAGCGCGCGAAAGCGAGCGUGGAGGUCGAGAACGAGCGCCACCCCAUCGCGCUUGCGGUCAAUAAAUCUUCCGCGGUUUCUAUUUUCAUAUGCGCACUCGACAAAAUAGGGGGUGUGUUAAUAGGCUAUGCAUUUGUGGAAAAAAACAAACGGAAGAGCGUGAGAUUUUAAGUGAGUGGUGACUGCAAAAUACGGCCAUUCUCCACUAUCUGAACGUCGCGAACAGGCUAUUCAGGCUAUUUUAUUAAGUCUCAAUCAUGAUAAUUUUUUGCUUUAGUUACGAAACUUUGACACUUCAAUUAAAAAGGAACAAGAGGCGGUGAAAUCAUUGAAACAGUUACAAGAAAGGUAAGGAUACAUUAGUUGAUGCUCUGUAAGUUUUGGACAGGGUAUAUCAGCAGUCAGCAGCUCUAUAUAACUAAUUUUAUCGCCUGCGUGUUAUGCGCGGGGUGUUUUUUUUUUUGCUUUAUGGCUGUGUGGCCGACUGUAUUAUACCUACUGGUAAUCAAUUUGCCCCCCUCCCCCCCACCCCCACCAAAAAAAAGAAAAUUCCAAGACAAAAAUUUUACAGCUCGAUAACAGAAGCCAACUGAUUUGCAGCCUCCUUUCGAUUAUGAGGUUGCAAAAUUGCUUCGAAGAUGGAGGGGGCGGGUAGCCCCCAUAAUCGUACUUCCUUAUCCUCGCGCGGAUCUUGCGUUACUGGAGGUGGUGUUCAUGGACAAUUAUGUAAUAGUGACUUUUGCCCAUAACGUGUUUGAACGUUGCAGAUCGUUGACUUGCACCUGUUUUCGGUUUUAUUGAGCUUAAUGCCCAGUUUCCUUUUUCAUCGAUGUACUGUGCGUCAAAAUUAUCUCUGAAAUGUGUUUUUUAUUAUGAUCCAAAAGGGCAAUGUUGCCUAUAAGGCAAAUGCGCAGUGUCUUUUGACUUGGCCUCUGUCAUUGGUUCCAGAUACUUGUCCCAAAAACCCGAAGAAAGCAGCGUCCAAACCAAACACAAUUUUCAAGCUUAAAAUUAUUCUGCCAAGCUAAUCCAUGUCAUCUGUAGUACCAGCAGGGAGCAAAAGCUAGUUGGUCUUGAUGCCUAACACAAAAUGUCUUGCCCAGGAAACAUGUACCCCGGAGUUCCUCCGCGAAACUCCACCAACGCGUUACAGUAGACAGCGAAUAGUUAUUUUGUUGAAGAGAUCUGUUAACGAAAUGAGAAAAAACUAAAUACUUCAUAUUGGGGUUUUACCGGUUGCUUCACUUUUUUAGUUACUUACAAAAUCCGUCCUAUGGAAAUGCUGGAGAAGUUGAACAAGAUUUACUGAGGCAAAGAAACGAUCUUAGAGUGAAAGAAUGGUUUUGCUGUGUCGCUAAAGACCAGGUAGGCAGGAAAGAAGCUCUUUUUGUUUUCUGGGCUCAAACUCAUUUGUUUGGUUCCUACUUUAGCAAAGUUUUGCGUUUAUUUUGAUGAUUUUUUAGGAGUGAAAUAAGUAAUUUUACUGUCUCGCGAAUUUUUGCCCUAUUUUUGAGGGCCUUUUGAAAAGGUUUUUUGCAUCAUCUUCAAACAAAAAAAAGCUAAAGAAGCGGUUCCUAAACUGUGAAUUUACGAAGUUGGUAAUCUUGACAUGUAGUGACAAACUAUACAGCCGGUAUAAAGGAAAGUUUAGAAUGGUGGAGAUAAACCUGGAUUACAAACGACAAAGGUGAAAAAUUACAACCGUUUGUUCUCUGAAGGAGUAUACACUGCAUGAAGGGAGAGAUUGUACUUACUAACGUUGGUUUUUGAACUUGGACGUUAUCAGCUAUCUUAAGAUUUUUCGGAGAUGUUGCUUUUGUUAUGACACUUUUAUGUUUGUUGUAGACUAAAUUGUUUACUGGAGAUGUGCUUAACAGACUACACGUUACAGAGGAUGAUCUUCAAGAUGAAACAAUCAGUGAUGAUGAUAGUUCUGUAACAGGCACAGUUGACAAAAGACAGAGCGUUCAUGUCAAGGGAAAGAAAAUAAGGAAAGCUGGACAGCAUGAGUUCGAGGACCACACUUUUAAGAAACCGAAAUUCUGCUUCUACUGCAAAGGUCUUAUAAAAGGUAAGUAAAUCAGCGGUCAAUUUAAUAAAACUUUUACAAGUGUAGUUUACAAGUCAGUCAUUGUUAUAGAGUCUGAAAACAACAGCUACACUUGUAAAUUGCACUUGUAAAAGUUUUAUUUAAGAGAGAAUAAAAGAACUAAUUAAACGGAAGUGUACUUCCUGGGACGGUUAUCAUUAGAUCCCAUCGACCAUAGUCCCUUUGGACACCUCGUCUUAUUUACGCAACGUAGUUUUCCCCUUUAUUACUUAGGGCUAAGCACUGCCUUUUACAGAUUAGGGUUAAGUACUGCCUUUACUGUUUCGAAACUGGUUAGUUCUUUUUUUGGGUUGGGGUUGAUCAGGGUUAGGGUUAGGGUUAGGGUUAGUUAGGCAUCAAAAUUUUUUCUUUUAAAUUGAAGAGACUUGCACUUUCAUGAACAUUUCCAGCUUGAAAUAUCAUCUAAGUGUGAUAUAAUAGCAGAAAACAGUUCUACCUGGUGUAAAUUUCAUAAGGGGAGAAAGGGGCUAUGGCCGAUGGGAUCUAAUGCUGAUCGUAGACGUUCGCAAACUUUAAUGGCUGUGAAACGUCAUCAAGUCCAAGCGCGACAGAUUCAAAGCAAAAAAUGCAUAAUAUUGUAAUGGCGACUGUUGAAUUCUCUCUUGACAACACUGAAAAAAAGUUUGCGUACCUCUCCGGAAACCAACUUCCGAUUAAUUCAAGCGUUUAAUCGGUCUACAAAUAACUUUGGUGAAAUUCACGUAUCCCAAAGGCUAGACUGGGCGUUUCUCUCUCAUUUUUUCCCUCUUAUUUUAUUAAUUGAUCACAGGUACAUAAAUGGUUUUAGCACCAAAGUCUCUAACAUACUUUAGAGUGAUUUUGCUUGAACCGUGAAACAGAUACUAACAAAUAGUGUAAAAUAACGAGAGGUAAACAAAAGAAGACAAUAGAAUUAGUGCAUAAUAGUGCGUAGUAUUCACGGUUCAAGUAACAUCACUCUAUUGUUCUUCACAGUCCACCCAGGCUAAUCUCGUACCGAGAUAUCACUUUCGUCAACAAAAGAUCCGGGUACGAAAUUGCAACCAGGUUUCUCCACUCUAACGGACGCUCCAACGCUAAUGACAAUCUUAUGUCUUUAAAACUAACGCUCAGAACAAAGAAUUAUUUAACAAAUAAUAAAAAAAAAAACUAUUUCUACACACCCGCUAAAAUUUUGCAGAUUGGUGGGCUGAUGUGGCAGGUAUUAUGAAGAAAUUAUUCAGUCGGCAAGAAAACGUGGAACCUAUAUCGAUAUGUGGUGGGUCUGAACCCGUCGACAUAUUUUUGUUUCACUAACAGGGUUAAGACGGCAAGGUGUUCGGUGCAAAGCCUGUAAAAUGAGUGUACAUCAUAAGUGUAGGGAUAAUGUACCUUACUGCCGCGGCGAAGUAGUAAGUAUUCCUUGUACAGGUGUAAUGUCAUAAAUAAAGUAUAGAAGCGAUGACGUCGCAAAACUGAAAUUUAAGAAGUUAUUGGAUUUGGGUGGAGUAAUCGAAAAGAACAAGAUGAAAACUGCUUAUUUGCCAAAAUUCAACUGGUUAGAGCAAAUUGGCGCUGAGAUAUAACCAACGCGAACGACUUCUUUUUUUUUUUCAGCUAACAGCCUCCGCUUUAGGGUCUUGAAAGGGGAAAGAGGAAUAAAAAAGCAAUAUUGGGAAGAAUCGCCUAAGGAAGUCCUGACUAAAUACCAUAAUAUUCUCAAAUUGACGCUUGGAUAGAGCCUCAUGUAGACUUGACGCUCUUUGCACGAACUGCACGUGCAAUAGCUGGUUUUGAAAAACAGGAUUCAGAGUACGUAUAGAAGGCUUACACUAGAACCUGUAGCGUUAUCUGUGAUUAAUUAAAGAGACCUUCCAACUCACUUCUCUCGUUGCUGAACUCCUGAACGUAUAAAAACACAAAAGCAGUAAAGUAUACUUUGGCCAACGUUGAGCGUUUGCGCGCAAUUACGCUUCAGUAUGCAAAUUUUCGGUCAACUGACCCGCGUUGCACAUGCAAAUCAUGCACAAAAGGUAAUGCAAAAGUAAGGUUUACAUGACGCACUACCCAAACGACAAUUUUGAGAAUAUUAUGGUACUUUUCGCAAGGGCCUAUUCAGCCAAUCACAGUUAAAAAAUAAGCUAUUAAAUGUUAUUUCUCUUAGCCAGUUGGAAAGGGCCAGUCACUUAGAAUACAACGAACUGAUGAGGAUGACUCCGACGAUCACGCUUAUAGUGAUGUUGAAGAUGUUCCAACCCCACCCCCUCACAGGAGAGCUUUGGGUCCAACAGCAUCAUUACCUACUUUCAGGACCAAUGAUUUUUAUGGUGAGAGCAAAAAAAAAAUUACUUGCUUGUUCUUCAUCGAGGGAGUGGAGUGGCGUGUAACAGAAUUCAGAGUAAUUACUUUGACCAAUCACGAUACGCGUCGAGGUUCACAUGAACCAAUCAGGACUCGGCUGACGCCAAGCACGGGAAACGCCAGAGAACAAAUCGAAAUUUGUUGUGGUUGUAAUUCUGAUUGGUUAAGAAAGUGUCGCGAGGUUUUUUAGCCAAUCAGAAAGCUGAAGAAUAUAAAACCAAAGUUACCAGUAGCGUGGGUCAUGUGCUGUUCUAAAGGAAAUUUGUGUUUUUUCUUUUCAUAAAUUAUGCGCACUUGUUAACUCAAGCCCAUUUUCUGAUUAUACGAUUAGGUAUCAUGUGUUUCAUAAUCCAUAGAGCGAUAAAAAAAAACCUCACAGUGAUCAAGUCGUGUACCUCGAAACCGCAGGAAAUCUAUGUGCCAGUCGCGCUAAGCAAAAAAUGUUUUAUGUUUAUUCGUUUUGUUUUUGUGUUGGAAGGUAUAACAAAACGCAAGCUAAAAGGACUAUGGGAAACUGCUGUUUAUUCUACUGCUAUGUAGCUUUCUGGGACCGAGUGUUCAAAGCUCGACGUUAAGCUGAGAAGAAAUGUUUUUCGACGAAAUUUCCUUUGUUGCGUUCUUGUAAACUAUUAAGGUCUGUCAUGUGUUCUUUUAAAAAGUUUCCAACUUUUUUCUGUGUGUCUUUAGAUACAGCGGAGUCCAUCAUGGUUUCUUCUACAGCAAAUGUAAGUUCAUUGCUUGUGAGGCUCGGAACGGGUAGUGAAUCAUGUAAGCUUCCCACAAAAUGUCCUCAACUUUAUCGCUUGAAAUGCCGAUGUCAGCUAAGAACAGUUGAUACUCGUGUUUUUUGUAAACGAAUGUGUUCUUUUGAUAUCUCUUUGAUUUGAAACCAAUAAGCAAGUAGGUGUUAUAUUUUUGCUUUUUAGAAUUACUGUGUUGCUCUUUAUGAUUUUGGUGGAGAGAAUGACGGAGAUCUUAAACUGUGGUAAGCAAAGUUUGUAUUUGAUGGUUUGUCUUUCAAUUUUGAAGAGCCAACCGGCCCGGACAGUAAUCCAAUAUACCUUCGAGAGGAGAGCCAAUCGAAUUCAUCAAUUCUGGCCCGUUACUGUAAUUUUCCAGAUGCUAUUCAAAGAGGACUUGUAUUGACUCUCUAUUUGAAGGGUUUAUCAACACAGUACCUGAGUUUAUUUCCACACAUGCACCUUCGAUUUGACACUGGGUGAUACUUAGUGUUGUCCAGUCAGUCUUCUUCAAAUUGUUGGUACGUCUUUGGUUAAAAUUCAAAAUGCAUUUAAGUAGUUUCAUGUACUUUCAGCAGCCGCUCGGCUGGGGUAAGCCCGGUGUUAAGGACGGCAAUGAAAACGAAACAGCUUUUUGGGUUCGGUAAUUACCGGGACUUUCCAGCAACGGGCGCCUGGUGGGUGACCUCAUGGUCUUAAAAUAACUGAGGAAAAAGUUUUUACUUUUGUCCUGUAGACGGGUAUAUCUUCACUGUGGAGAUUGAGAACAUGCCAACCCCCUAACGUAUCUAUUUCUUGGUCGGAUUCUUGGCAAAUGUCCAGCCGGCCCCGGGCUAUCGAACAACACUUUUGUCGCGCCCUGAGAUGACCUCGAAAAAUGACCAUCCCAAUUCCUCUCAUGUCCUCCUUUGCGCCAGGGGUCAGGGGUCCCUUGGGAACAUCACGUGGUCUGAAUUGGGAAAACAAAAAUACAAGCGAAAAGGUCUAUUUAACAAUCAUUCCACUUGUGCGCGUUGGAUAUGAGAUGGUACGCGCCUCGUUGGCUAUAAUCAUCUCAUAUCGAACAAUCGCGAGUGGAAUAAUUGUUUUACUAAAAACGCCCACAAAAUAUCGAGAAUUCUUCCCGACUUUCAUUUGUAAAAGCAACCGAUUUUUAGCUGGUUUUCAAUUUUGAGCAGACGUGUAUAGUUACCAGUUGGAGAGCAUGGUAUAAUGGCUCAUGAUGGCUAAGCCAAUCAGAACUCUAGAAUUGCAUUAUCCAAUGAUUCAGUUUUUAAUAAUGGCAUUUAUGGCACAUAGGAAGCAGUAUGAUAUAUAGGGCUAUAUACAUUGACCGGUGUUAAAUGAAAGCUUUAUUUUUCCUCUUUAGUGCUGGAGAAAAAGUAAAAGUUAUCAAUAGUGCUGAUGAACACUGGUGGGAGGUAUGCGUGUUUUUUUAUUUUUCUUUCUUUCUUUUUUUUUCGAAUCGAGCGCGCGAGCGGUUAACAAAAUCCUCCGCGGUUUAUAGUUUCACACACGCGCGCGCUCGACGAUCUAGAGGGCCGGGUUUGUGAACAGGCAAGGUGCACGUUUUCUUCCCGGAGGGAGGGGGGUACUCCUGGGAUUUCAUGGUGGGGGUGUCAUUUUCUACACCCGUUUUCAGACCUGGGCUCUAAAAUCCAUACCCGUUUUCAGACCUAGCGUUGGCAGAAAUUAUGUUAUCAUUUCUUAGAUGAGAACGGCAACAAAACGAUUUCUUUAAAUCGAUUUCGAGCUCGCAUAUUACCCUUUCUUUCUUAUUCAUUUGGAAUGAAAACGACAAAAACGUCCAUGCACUCCCAAAUUUCCUCGAAAACCAUACGCGAAUUCAGACCAAAAUAGGUUUUCAGACCAAAACGGUGCAAAACCCAUACCCUUUGGGGCGGCACAUGCCUAUAUAACGGAGUACCCCCCAUGGCUUUCUCUUGACAAAAUAACUUGGGAAGACCAGAAAUUUAAAGAAAAUGGUCCGCAUCAUUGGCUGUUAGCCUUCUAAUCUCGUUCCUUUGCUUGUGGUUUGUUAGUAGAGGUGAACUAAUCGAAAAGGGUGAAGCAGCUUUUAUUAACAUUUUUGAAUUUAAAACCAAAGUUGUCUGUUUUUUCUUAUUUUUAUAGGGCAGCAGUAAAGGAAAGACGGGAUUCUUUCCAGCUUCGUAUGUACAGGUAUUACGUCAAUAGCUAAUAACAGUAGUUACAAAAGAAAUAAUACUGAUCCGUCUAUGCAGAGCUGCAAAUAACGGUUGGUCAUCGGACGGAAUCUCCAACUAAGGCCUCGUCCACACCUAUUCGGAUUUUUUUAAAAAUGGACAUUUUAAAAACGUGUUCUCCGUUUUCAGAAAAAUAUGCGGCCGCACGUAGCGUAUUUGAAUCGUUUUCGCCCGUCCAUACGAAAACGCUAGAACGAUGGAAAUACACUAGCAUUCCAUGCGCUUUAUGAUCGAAAACAUCCGUUUUCGUCCGUCCAUUCGUAAAAGAGAAGCUGGCGUUUUCAACAAUCUCCACUCUGAGGGCCGUUUUCGAAAACCUGCGUUUUUGGUGCUCGAAAAGGACCUUUACGAGUGUACGGGAGGAUAAUACAGAAAAAUAAUCUCCGUUUUCAAGAAUAUCCGGAUACGUGUGGACGCGGUGAGCUAAAAUUUGCCCGUGUCCGCGGAAAUGUUACCUGCUGUCAGACUUCUAGUGAUAACCAGACAGUUCAGGACGCCCCACUGGUUUCCCUGCGAAAUGACUUCUGAGAAACCGCAACAAACGACUUCAGAAAUUCCAUACUGUUGACGCCAAUGACUUGUCACUACUAAGAUCUGGGUAGUGCUUCUGAUUGGUUGAAACAAAUUUCUCUCGCGACACGACCAAUCAGAAGAACUACCCAGAUCUGUAACACGCCAUCAGUAUGGAAUUGCUGCACUCGUUUUUCAGACGUCAUUUCGCGGGGAAACCAGUGGUGGCGUCUUGAAAUGUCGGCUGUUUUCUCACGCUACUCAACGUCACGUGGUCUCCUGAGCUCUCGGAAAAAAAAUCUCCAGUUCAUUUUUGCCUGAGUUGUGGUCUUGUGAUCUUCUAUUGUCGUAGAAUCUGGUUCAAUGUCAGUAUUGUUCAUCCUCUUCACGCCCUUUCUCUCAGGUCAUCUCACCAGACGAUGUCAUUCUUCGGUGUCUGUUCGAUUUCGCUGGGCAAGAAGGAGAUGAACUUACGAUUCAAGCUAACCAGGUCAGUACUUUCUUUUUGCAAGAGGAAUGAUCAUCUUUUCCAGUUAAACCAUGUAAUAGUAUUUGUUCCCGCGUGCAUACGUUCUCGUAUGAAGCUAAAACAAGUUGGCGGAUUGUGCUGGGCAACUUUUUAGCAACAUUUGGCGUUUGGAGCAACUUUUUGCGGUUCUAGCAACCAAGAACAAGUUUUGCUUUUUUGCGUAAUUUUUGAGCAAAAUAUAGGUUUAGAGUCCAUAUCAAGCACGAAAAAAUCAACGAUUUCAUAGAAAACUUCACUGUAUGCAAUUUUCUUGAAUAUAUUAAUUAUAAACGGUCGAGAUACCGAUUGGUGUGAGAUAUUACAUGGUUUAUGUGUUCCCAUUAAUGUCUUAGUUUUUGUUUUUCCCUUGAAUUUGGUGUCAUUUUUCAGGUCUGGGCCUUAAAUAGGGCAUCCUUAAACGGGACCAGCGUUUCCGACCCUGGGUGGGGCAAACAUACCCGAAAUUUUUGGGAGCACUUCUUCCGAUCCCCCAAAAAGGCCGCCUUGCACAAUUCGGUAUUGGGGUGCGAUCUGUGGAUCGCGAAAAGUAUUACCAAAAUCAAGCUACUUUAGCUCAAGCCCCGAGAAAACAGACUAAUUAUUAUUGUUUUUUUGACAUUACGUUUGUUGUGUUUUGCUGUUUCAGAUCAUCGUUCAGGUCAGAAAUGAAGGCAAUGGUUGGAUCGUCGGCCAAACAGGUUCCGUGGAGGGAGCCUUCCCAGCGUCAUACGUCGAAGUACUUAGCAAUAAUGGUCCAGAUUAGCUAGAGGGUAACAAAUAAUCAUCCAGAAAGGUGCAAGGUGUGCCGAUAAUGGGGACACUUGAAAUACAGAUGAUAGCCUGCGUUGCUGGGAGUUAUUUUUGGCGAGCCCACAAAUGAGGGCAAAUUCGCGAAAGUGAGCGCGAACGGACGGCGGAGCAGCUAGCACCCGCAUUGUCGUCGCGGCUUCGCUGCUCGUUCCCGCUCUCCUCCCUUUCCCCUCUCGAGCAAAACUGCCGGCUACGCAGGCAAGACAGGUAAGGACCAAAACAAUGCCCUUGACCCCAAUACAGUGGAACCUCGAUUUAACGAACCUCUAUAUAACAAAGUUCUCGGUAUAACGAACGAUUUUCUUCAGCCCGGCCAAAAUUACAGUAAAAUGUAUGGAACAGAACCUCGAUUUAACGAAAUCCUCGUUAUAACGAACACAAUCCACAAGCCCAAACGUAAAAUUUGCCUCGACAUAACGAAUAAAUGUCACCAUGUGAUAAAAGAUAAAUGCCAAACAGACCAACAAGGAUAAAAUUUAUGUGUACAGUAGUUUUAGGCAAUUUUGUUCGCCUGUUCUUGAGUUUCUAGUGCCGUAGCUAUGUAUAGCUCGGUACUGAAGUGUUAUUACAGUAAUUUUUCAGAUCCGGAAAUGAUGCGUUUUGUUAAUUAAUUAUUAACUAUACCUCGAUUUGACGGACAUUUGGUAGUUUUCCCGAAAAUUCGUUAAAUGGAGGUGUUCGAUAUAACGAACCCUCGAUUUAACGAGCAAACUUCCCCAGUCCCUUGGCACUUCGUGAAAUCGAGGUUCCAUUGUGUAACACUGAGGUGCAGCUUAUAGAGACUAUCAUUAAUACUGAGAGGUGUGUAAAAGGUGUAGCUCACUCAAUAUAUCUCCCUUAAAUAAUGAAAUAACGUUUUGGGAAUUAUUUUUUCACGGGCCAAAGAACUAGUUUCACAACAUGAAAACCCUGUGUAUCAAAGAUAAAUCACAAGCCUAAGCAAGCCCUUGAGACUAA